GGUUAUUCGAUUGGGCGUCUUUCGUAUCGAGGAUGACGAUAUUAUGAUGAACUCAGUGCACGGAAUACUUCUGAGCUAGAUGCAAGUUGCUACAUGCCAAGUGUUUUUCGAAAAGCUUUUUAACUGUCAGUACGAGCCGUACUCUACUAUAAAAUCACAAUGAAUUCCAACAAGGAAUUUUCGAAUAACUUCGGAACUUAUAUCUCUAAAGUUAAGAAGGAUAUUUUACAAAUCGUUAAUAAAAAGAAUUCUGUGGGUAGUGUCUCGAGGAACGAUUGUCGUAAUCUGAAGUCUCAGUUCACCGAUGUGUCGGAAAAUGUGGCUUACGAUUAUAACUACAUGAGAUCAUACACUUACGACAAUCUUAACAGUGAAAUCUCCGCUGAAAAAAACAAUAACUACAUACAUUCGGUUACAAAUUCGGGCGUUUUGUCGGGGACGCCAAGUUGUGAAGAAUGUUACUGCUUUACGUCAGUGAUACGUUCUCGAAUGCGCAUUUACUUUGGUUUCUGGCUACGUUUAGCUACAGAUUAUAAAUCUGCACGUAUUUUGCGUGACCAUAAUCUUCUCAAAUCAUCUUUUCUUUCCUGGAAAUACGAAUUCGACUUACGAAUCUCGCUAAAAUUUGCAAACAAAAAGGCUACAGAUCAUCAUAACUUUAAUAUAAAGUCGCGCACACUUUUUAUUUGGGUAUCUUACGUACAAAAAAGACGGAGAAAAAGCAAGUCAAAAAGUAUAGCAAAUGCUAACUAUCGUCUUCAGGCAUUGCAAAGCCAUAUGACAUGUUGGAAAAUGAAGUAUUUUCUAACUGGAAAAUCUGCUGUUGAAAAAUCCCUUUUUUCUGCAGCAAGAGCUCACGAUCGUUGGCAUACUUUACGUAAAGCUUUAUUUGUUUGGAUGUUAAGACAUCAGUUUUGGCAACAAAAAAGAAUAUUACGUAAAACCGCACUAAAGUUUCUUCACAAUAAAUUGAACAAAGCUAUCAUGAUAUCAGUGAUUCAAGAAUGGUAUCACCAAAUUUUAGAUAUUCAAAUUUCAAAUAAACAUAAUAGGUAUAGAAUUUUGAAGACGUUCCUAAAAACGUGGUCAUAUCGAAGCAAAGUAUCUAUUAUAGAACGUCAAAUGUAUUUUUCUGCUUAUAAUUUAUAUUCUAUUUUAGUACGUCGUCGGUGCUUUUUGUUAUGGAGAAAUUAUGCAUUAUAUAAGAGAAAAAAACACAAACAAAUGAAAUUUGCCAUCCGAUUUUAUAAAAUAAAUCAAAUAAAAAAGUACUUUGUUGCUUGGAUGAAUUAUCACUUUGUGGCUGUUGAACAUCGCAGUAGCGUUCAAUCCAUGACUAUGAAACAUAAUACAUCAUUAAUCAAACAGUGUCUACUGAAAUGGAAAGAUUAUUGUACAAUCAAGCAAUCAUUAUUAUCGAAAUCAUCUCAUUUUAAAAAGUGUCAGAAAAAUAAACUACUCAAGGAAUAUUUUCAAUAUUGGUUGAGUAAUCUUCUCUUUAAACAGUCACAAGAAUUAACAAUCCGGAGUUUUAAAGAACAAAAAUUUAUGGAAAGCAUAAAAAGGUUAUUUCUUGCAUGGUUACAAUGGACUUCUAGUCGUCGAGAAUAUCUUUUAAAAAUUCAGCUUACUUUUAAAAUAAGUUUAGAGAAGAUGCGAAUUGUUACUAUACGAACUUGGUGGACACGUUGGAGAUCUGUGUAUAAUUAUUGUUCAAACGUUAAACUUGCAUGCAGACUUUAUAAUAAACAUAUACUUGUUCAGUGUCUCAAUUUCUGGUCUGCUUUUAUUACUGUCGAGAAACAUAAAAUCAAAUUAAUUAAAACAGCUAAUGACUUUCAAAUUCGAACAAUUCAGAAGCACUUCUUAAGCCAGUGGCAUCUAAAACUAAUUGAAAACAGUAAAUUUCAAGCUUUGGAAUCCAUAGCUCUUGUGCGAUGGUCUUUAUGCUUACAAGCAAAAGUGUGGAAGGCUUGGCAUUUAUGGAUUGGAAAACAAAAGCACAAAAGAAAUAGACGAAAAACCGCUACCCAACGGUAUUAUGAGCACAAAACUGUCGAUGCUCUAAGACUAUGGAUUACUGUAGCUUUAAAUGAACGUCAUGGAAGGCAUAUGAAGUACUGUUCAAAAUUUUGGAACAAUGACAUUCGUGUUUUUAAAUUGGUACUUAAUACAGCAACCCGUUGGUACUGGUGGACUUUUUCUAGAGGAAUUAGUCAAAAUUUAAGCGAACUUGAUGGGAAUAGUAUUUGGGAUGUUAUUUCUAAAUUGACUAAUGAAAAUCACAUAUCCAGACUUUCAGAAUGUGGCAAUAACUUCAGAACAAUACGAAAUCAAGAACUAACACCUGCACGUUAUCCCGAUUUCAUUCUCCCUGAACUAAAUUCACUUGGGCUUACAAAUGCUGUAAGUUAAAACGUUCUGUACACUACGCGUUUAUUGCUUUUUCUAUAUGUUGACUAUUGUGACGUUUUAGGUAGAAUUAGAACAAACAUCAGCUCAUGUACCUCCAUUAAAUGAAACUUCUCACCAUGGGACGUCCGAUUGUCUAGAUAUUCAUUCCUGUGGUUAUUCAUUUCCCAACACACCAGAUGUUCAUGAAAUUAACUUAUAUCUAAACUCUUUGGUGGAGCGGGUAUCUUACUACAGAAUGAUAAAGUCUAAAUAUAAACUGAUUUAUCAACGCCUUUAUUUAGAGGGUCAGAUGGAGAAUAAAGCUAAUUACAAUAAAGGGGUGAGUUGAUUUUAAGCAAUAUUUUAGUUACAGGAAUCUGUUGAUGUAUCUUUCAAGUAUCAACUGAAGAUGGAGAAAGAUACGUGUAACUUCCUCAUCAAAGAACUACGGUCUUUCUUUGUCCAGUUAUCUAGGUCUACAUAAUAUAAAAUGAUUGGUUGUUAGUGACUUUUUAACUUUAAUUCAUUAUCAAUUGCUUUUUUGUACUGCUUUACUGGAAUUUGUCGUUAAUGACGCUUUCGUGUCUUUCAAGUCUAAUAAUAGUGUGAAUCUUGGUUGGUAGUUAUAUUCACUUUGGUAUGUUAAUAAAAUAUUCGAUGAUGUGUCUUGAUGCUUUUUUGAUGAAGCGCGCACAGACCUUUAUGUAUAUAAUUAUGACAGACCUAAUUUUAAACUAGUUUUUGCUACUAUUUUCAUUUUUUCCCUAAUUCUCAUAAUUGUUCGUUUACAAUGAUUGACUGCAGAAUAGUUGUCUAAAAAUGCAUGACAUUAUAUUUGCAUUUUCGUUUUGAAUUCUCAAUAUCAUGACACUGAUUGUAUCUCACAAAAGCAGUGCUGCACAUAUUUGUCUCUUGUCCCCAAUUACGUGUUGUUAUGAUAACAGAACUCUAAUGUAUUUACUGUCUUCGUUUAUAGCCCACAGUGAUGUUCUCAUUUUAUCAUUCAUGUGGAUAUACAUCUCGAAUUAUAACAAUUGUCGUCGGAAUUAAUAACUACUUAUAAUAAUGGAUUAGUAGACCAAAAGAAACUGAAACACACCAAUUCCUGAUAGUUUAUGUAACAUCCAGUAUAUUUUUCUUGUGUGUAUAGAUUAUAUUUUAUUUUAUUAUUAAUAAUGACUUUAUCCAAUA